UACAUUCACACAUUUCAAACAUCUUACACUGCAUUGCAUCUAUAAGAAGAAUUCACAGAAAUCAAUUAUGGUGAAAAUCACUGAAGAAAUUGACCUCUUUGAUCAACAAGAAGAAGAGAAAUUAGAAGAAGUUAUAGACUAUGAUGAGCUGAAGAAACGCAUGUGGAAGGACAAAAUCCUGCUACAGAAGCUAAAAGAAAAAGGUAAAAAAGUUGAUCAACAAAAUCAACAAGCAAAAGAUGAAGCAUCAAGAAGAAAAAAGAUGUCAAGAGCACAAGAUUCAAUCCUUAAAUACAUGAUGAAGAUUAUGACAACAUGCAAAGCUCAAGGUUUUGUCUAUGGUAUUAUACCAGAAAAUGGAAAACCAGUAACCGGUUCUUCUGAAAGCUUGCGUGAAUGGUGGAAAGAACAAGUCAAAUUCAGUCAAAAUGCUCCAUUAGAAGUUUCUAAAUAUUUACCACUCUUUGAAGAAAAUCAAGAAGAGUUGGAAUUACUAGAUCCAAUUUCAUCAUAUAUGUAUUUACUUUAUGAUUUGCAAGACACUACUUUAGGUUCUCUUAUUUCAGCUCUAAUGCAACACUGUGCACCACCACAAAGAAGAUUCCCUCUUGAAAGAGGUUUAGCUCCUCCUUGGUGGCCUAAUGGAACAGAACAAUGGUGGGGUCAACAAGGUCUUUUGGCACAAAAACAAGGUCCACCACCUUAUAAAAAACCACAUGAUUUGAAAAAGGCUUGGAAAGUUUCUGUGUUGGCUGCAAUCAUUAAGCACUUGUCUCCUGAUGUUGAUAAAGUUAGAAGGUUGGUGACUCAAUCAAAGACUUUGCAAGAUAAGAUGACAGCUAAAGAUAGUGCAACUUGGUCCAAAGUUAUGAACCAAGAACAAGCCUUGGUUCAUCUCACUGAAAAGUGCCUCAAGAUAUCAGAAGAAGAAGGUGAAAGUUCUAGUACUACUAAACAUGUUUUGAAUCAGUUGGAAGAAGAAUAUGGUAGCAAUGAGAAGAGGAGGAAGUUUGAUUUUGAUGUUGAUUUUGAUAAGCUACUAUAUUCAUGUCAAUAUGCUGAAUGUCCACAAAGUGAAUUGUGUAUGGGAUUUUCAGACAAAAGCUCAAGAUUGAACCAUGAAUCACUCUGUUCUUACAGAAUAGAACAAGGACAUGUUCCCUUCCAUGAUUAUCUGCCAGAUGAUUGGUUGAAUAUGCAUAUAGCAGGGGCUAAUAAUCAGCAUCAGGAUCGUAAAAACCUCGUUGAGAAUGUGAAAGAGCUGAGAGAGAUUGUUGAUAUGACAGUAGAAGAAGAUUAUGGUGGCUUCUGGCUAAAUAGCAUGCAAGAUCUUGAAUUGAACAUGGGAGUGGACAUGGAAAGAGAUAACGUGGACUUGAAUCAAAAUCCAGCACAAGAUACAACACUGAGUCAUGAAGAAACCUCGAUAUGGGACUUGACAUACGAUUAAGUUUUAUGCCUCACUGAUGAACUCGGAUCCUCUGUGGCCAUCCAACCUAAUAAGAUUUGGUUGGAUAACUACAGGUGAUCGAAGUUCUGAGCUCCGUUUUCUUUC